CGUGUAUAAACCGUCGAUCUUCUUACAUACACGACCAACAUAUUGCAAUAGGGGCUCUUUGCGCCUCACCAGGUCGACACUAACUUUUCCUUAAAGUCUAAUUUGUUUCCCACUCGCUUCUAUUCGCAUAUUUCCAUCGCGUCUCCUUUUCGCGCACUUCCCCGUCCUUUAAAAAACGUCGAGGUUCGCCAUGUGGUUUCCAGCGCUGUCAGCCCUGUGGCUGGCGGCUACAGCUUGGGGUGCCGUGAGUCGCGACGAAGAUGGAAAUGUUAGGACUAUUUCUCUCCGAACCCAUACGUUGAAGCAACCUUAUCUCGACUCCGAUAUGCAAAGUCGGUGGUACGAUUUUGGAGGCGAUACGAUAGUUCGAACAGACUCAUAUAUUCGGCUAACCUCGGAUCGUCCGUCGCAAAAUGGCUGGUUGUUUUCUCGAGUCCCCCUGACUGCUACGAAUUGGGAAAUCACUCUGGAAUUCAAGAUUCAUGGCAAAAAUCAGUUAUAUGGCGAUGGCUUCGCAAUGUGGCUUACGAAAGAAAGGGGACAAAGUGGUCCGGUCUUCGGACAUGCCGACAAUUUCGAAGGUCUUGGUAUUUUCAUUGAUACCUACAAGAACAAUCGACCCGGUGUAGUUUUCCCGUAUGUCAUGGCAAUGGUUGGCGAUGGUAAGACAUCAUACAACAAGGAUAAUGACGGGAAGGAUACCGAGUUUGCUGGCUGUUCUGCUCGGGGCAUUCGGAAUGCAAAUGUUCCGACUAAAUUAAAGAUCACCUACUUCCAGGAUAAGUCGUUGAAGUUGGAACUGCAGUAUAAAAAUGAAGAUGACUGGCAACUGUGUUUCGAGACGAGCGAGCCGCCGGCGAUUCCCUCUGUCACUUACCUCGGAUUCAGCGCUGAGACGGGCGAGUUGAGCGACAAUCACGAUAUCAUUUCUAUCGACGCGAAGAACCUUUAUAUGACAGGCGGUACGGCUAGUAAACCUACACCUGGCAGGGGAAGCGCGAAGUCGCCUCAGCAGCCCAAGACUGGCGGCAGCUGGACUUGGUUUUUCUUCAAGUUCAUUAUCUUUGGAUUAGCUGUCGGCGGCGCGUACGCAGGCUACACAGCAUACCGGGCAAAUAAGAAGAGGAGUCACCGAUUCUAAAGGGCAAAUCAUAUGUAUCUGAUGUUGGAGGCCUUAGGGGGUAACGCCAAGGACGGUACAGACGUACAUAUCAACACCAUAUGAAAUUUCGGAGCUGUGGUCUUCUUGUGAAGUCCCGCCGUUUCUUCAUGUCUUACGAGGUUGGCAGGCGUCGAAUGGCAGUGUAAAAAACUAAAGAGCAGUAAAUCAAUGCAAAGGAAAUUACGAAUCUCAAUAUAUUCAGAAGAUCCGACUAUUAGUCAAAGCGAGACCAGAAUAUGUAUAGCAUGGUUAUGACCUACAUCUAUGUAUACCAACAUAUUAGGUACCUGAAGGCCUAGGCGGCAGAGGUUAUCUUGGAUAUCAGUUAAUCAAUACCUAUCUAGUGAGCAGGCAAGUAAUUAAUCUCGAUUAUAGACAGCUUACCGAC